GUCACGAGUGCACACAAAAUCCCGCUGUCGUGGGUUGUGGGCAUGCCAAAGGAAACUGCGUUAAGCUCCCCGCGUGUUUCCAGUCGACCGUACGCGGUGCACUUGUAUGAGCAUGAUCCAGCCAACGACGAAAUACAGCAAACGUUGCGAGUGAAGCCAGAGACCAAGUCGGCACUGGCAACAGCGUCAGUUCGCAGGCCACCAGGGCCUACAGUAUCCGGGACUGCACCUUCAUCUACGGGGACAACUUCUUCUUUAGUGGCCAAGAUCCGGAAGCAGGCCAAGGAGUUGAGCGAGUUGCACGAAGAGCUUGCUACGAAGGAGAAGACGAUACAAAAACUACAACAGUCCCGACUUCAUGGUGGUGGAGGUGUCGCUGCAGGAGUUGGGGGGCACAAAGGCAAAGAAGUGGAAGAAUGGAAAACCAAGUACCUAAAGGAGCAAAAGAAGUACGACACCAGCCUGAAAAAGCUGCAUGAAAUGAAAGCUGCGUUGGAUAUGAAGGACCAGGAGAAGCAACGAUUGGUGGGGCAUUUCGAUCAAUUUGACCAAGCUCUACGAGACUUGCGUAAUGCGAGGGCUCGUUGCGAGGAGGGUGGUGCUGACACACACUUUACCAGCGACGAAGAGCGCAUGUACGUUCGAUUGCUGGAAGAAGGGAUGCAGGUCAAAGCAGAAGAAUUCAACGUCAGUGGCCAUGCAGAGUUGAUGGUCGUCUUGGCCGAGUUAAGGCAGACAAUCCAAGGCCAGGCUGAGAAACUUCGGGCCAAGGACCAACAGAUUCUUGCACUGCAAGUGGAAAAAGCAAACUCGAUGCAUACGGCCCACACCGAUGUCGAGUCGACCACCAACUCAUUGGCGUCCAUGACAAAACAGAAGGAAGCCAUCAUAGACUACGCGCAAUCCUUGUCGGACAAGCACAGUGCGAUGGACUCGCAAAACGCUGAAUUAACAGCGCAAGUGGCCACGCUGAACCAAUUGCAUGAACACACGGCAGUCGAAUUGAAAAGCGUCGCCGAGCGGUACGCGACGUUGGUCGCCAACUUCGACGCGGUCCAGCUCGACAAUGCAGCGCUAAAGCAAACCCUUGCCCAGCUGCAAGGGCAAUCUCAAGACAAAGACGCCCGUCUCGCUGCAUUGUACGACGAAUGCCAAGCGGCUCGUCAACAAGUUCGUGACAUGAAAACGCUGCAAGACGAUCUGCUGAAUGGCAUUGGGGACGCCAAAGACAGCGAGCGCAAGUGGAAGGACAAGGCGGACGCGUCCCAGCGACAACUGGACGACGUGCUCAUCAAGUUGACCGCGGCCCAACACGACGUGGCGGGGAUGACCCACCAGCAAUCUCAAGCCGACACCGUUUUAUCCACUUUGAAAGGCGAAGUCGAGUCGUUGAAAGCGUCCGUGGUGCGCCUCCAACAAGACAAAGAUCGACUGCAAACGGAAUGCGACCACAUGCGCGAGUACGAAAACGCUGUCACAGACAGAAGCCAGCACCGCAAGUCGUACACGGCGGUUGCUGAGUCGGAGCGAACCCUCCGAGCCGACCUGCACAUGAUAGAUAUGUUUGUACAUUCGACCCCUCAUCAUCACAGCUCAUCCCCCUCCACCCAUAAUACCCACGCCAAGCCCGACAACAACGAAGCUGCCAGCUCUUCGUUUGUCGAAUGGUACAUUGUGGGGGACGUGGUGUCGCGGGUGGCGGUGCUGGACCAACGCCGCCUGCCGCCGCAGCUGGUGCAGCGCCUGCCUCGGUUCUCGUCCUUCUUGAACCAGGUGUUUGUAGCUGUGGACACGCUCAUCCACCACGUGUCCAUGGUCGACACAUCGUGGAAGCGAGAGCGCUUCAACCUCGUGGCAGCCCGAGACGCGUUUGAGUCGUCGGCCGCGCUGAUUCAGACCGAGCUCGACAUGAUGCGCCAGUGGAGUUUUCAGCUCCACGACGAACUGCAGCAUACGUCGCGCGCCAAGGUCGAGAUCGACCAGCAGUACCAGACGUCCACGGCGGUGGCCAAAGAAGCAAGCGAACGGGCGCAGGAACUCGAGCAAAGCUACGCCGCGUGUCUUCAGACGCUACGCACGACGCAGGCCGCCGUCGAGUCGGUCAACCUUGAGUUGACCCAAGUCGACUGCCAGCGACAUGCUUUGGCGGCACAAGUAGAGGACUUAGCCGUGCGUUUGGAGAAGUCGCAACAAGAGGUGUCCGAUCUUCGCAGCGAAGCGACCACGAGGACACAAUCCCUGGAUACCGCCACGAAGCAACUUCAAGAAAGCCAGACUGACGUGGAAAAAUGGAUUGCAGCACACGCGCGAUUGAACGAGAAAUUGAAAGAAGUUACAUUGGAUGCGGCAGCGCACGACUCUUUGGUCGAGGAGUGCGCUGCGUUGAAGCAGAAGGUGGCCGAAAGCGAUCGUGUUAUAGCCACCGUCUCAGACGACCAGCGUCGACACUUAGAUGCCAUGCAAACCCACUCAAAACAAUUGGAGGCUGCGAUUUGGGAAGUGUUUUCGACCGUCCAGAGCCACCUCCCUAAGUCCCAAGCCACCAAGCCGGACGACGCGACGACGGCAUUGCGGCACCUCCCGAUUCUUCUGGAGCGAAUCGUCCAGCAUCAGAUCAAAACUCUCACGCACGAGUCGAUGAAGGUGGCGCUUCUGCAGAACUGCCAAAGCGUAGACUACCAGGACCCGUCGUUGUGUCUGCUUCGAGAAUUGAAGACGGAUCUGCAGCAACUAACCGACGAAAACCAGGCAUUGAAAGCCCAAUUGUCCGAUUGUCGAGCGGACUACAUGACCCAUCUCUAUGCGCCACCGCGAGAAGACAGCUCAAAACCACCGAUGCCACAACAGGCCAAGACCGCUUUGAUUGUGCCACGCACCCAGAACAAUGCUGACAUUGUCGACGCCUUGCGCAAAAAGUUAAAGGCAAAAGCCACAGCGAUGCUACCUAUAAACCAACCAAGGGUGGCGGGUGGCAGGUCUCAUGCGACGGCGGACGAGUAUGUGGCGAACACGCGGGCGUCGAGUUUGGACGAGCAACUCGACCAGUUGCACGCAGCGUUUGCGUCAUUUCGCACAGAUGUGUAAUAGAACGAGUGAGUGUAAACUAGGAAUAUGGAGUACUUUAUCGUCCGGGUUCUGGUGCUUGUUCUCGUUUGCGGAGGAGGUACUCGUUGCGUUCGGCACGCUUCUGGGCACGCACUUCGGCCUCGUUCUUCGUGACGAUAUCAUCUACACACAAGGAGUUGGCAUCAGAUGAAGAUAGCUGGACGUACAGAAUCCUGUCUUCACCAUGAAGAGCUCCACUCCUGCGCCGACAACGAAGCACACUGGCACCAACUUGACCAGGAACGGCUUGAGCGAGGCCGUCUGCGCCAUCCUUCAGGUUUUG